GGCGCCGCGGCCCAGGCGAGAGGUAGACAGGACGUGUAGGCAAUAUGUAAGUUUUUAAGAUUUGAAAAAAAAAACUUUUACGAAAACUAUAAGUGAAAAAAAGUGAAAAAAAAUUCGAAGAAAUAUAAAAUGUCGGUGUUUGAAAGAGUGUGAAUCUCGAAGAACCCGGAUGAUAAGAUAACCAGAAACAGCUGAUCGAGAAGAGGCCGCGCCAUGGCAGGUGCGCAGAAGUGAGGCGAGUGAGCGAGGCGAGCCGAGGCCGUGGAGGACCUCCGCCUAUCCCCUGUCAACAUCCCGUGUUUGUGUUUGGCGUCGCCUUUCCCUCCUUCGUUCUCCUUCUCCCCUUCCUCUCCUCUCUUCCAAGCCGGAGACGCAGCUCCAACUCCGCGCGGUCGGGCUGCUUCUUACUCCGCGAGAAGGGCUUGGCGCCUCGGCCUCGAUCCCUUCCGGAAGUCGCUCCCGCUGCCUCUCCGAAGUGCCUCCGCCGUCCCCCGCGAGCGCCGCCCCGCCUGCCUCCGCGUCCUGCCCCGGCCCCGAGCACCCCUGGCCCGCCGCCAUGAUCGAGCCCUUCGUGUCCACCGUGCUCUUCGACGCCAGGCGAUCCAACUCCCUGCGGCAGUUCUCCCCGAAGAAGAUUUCCAAGAUGAAGCUCUUCAAGACGAACUCGGUGCCGCACGUGGAAGAGGACAUAUUGGAUGGUGUGGGCGGCGCAGGCAGCAUGGAGGGCGCGGGCGGGCGGGCGGAAGCAGAAUGGGCGGCGGACAAGGGGGCGGAGCGACGUCCAGAGGUUUUCCAGCAGUGGGUCUUCCGGGCAAGGGACGGGCGGCGGCGGGGGCGGCGGCACGGCGAUGACGACGGCGAUGACGACGGCGAUGACGACGGCGGGCUUCACCUCCUCGACGCAGACGCUCGCCGUGACCUCGACGCCCCGCUCCCUCUCCCUGGCCUCCAUCUCCUCCGAGGGGAGCACCGACAGCCACCUGGUGGAGCAGGAGGACAUCGUCGCCCUCACCUCCGCUGUCAGGGCCUUCAAGGAGGCGCUGGGGAAGCUCAAGCGCAUCUUCCACCCCGAGAGAGAUAAGAACGAGACCCUGCGCGUGGCUGCACACGAGCGCCUCGGAGAAGUCCUAAGAAUCCUGAGGUCGAUCCUUGAGAAGUACAGCCCCAUCCAACACAACGAACUCCUGGCCGCUGCCUCCCACCUCAUCACUCAC